GCGGCCAUCUUGUUUGCUACUUUCGCUGACAUUAGCGUCAGCUCGUACAUUUUGUGAUUAUUACUAUUAAUCUUUCCGGGUUUUCAAGAUUCACAUCACAUUAUAUCGUAAAAAAUACUUAUUAGAGCGGUUUUUUGUGAAGGAUUUUUUUUGUUUCGAGUUCUAGGUUAAGAUGAGUGUCAUAAUACGUCUGCAAAACUUACCGUGGUCUGCUAAUGCUCUCGAUAUACGUCAGUUCUUCCACGGAUUAAGCAUUCCGGAAGGAGGUGUACACAUCGUUGGUGGAGAACAGGGCGACGCGUUCAUCGCUUUCAGCACUGACGAAGACGCCCGUCAAGCUUUUAGCCGAAACAAUGGCAAAAUCAAGGAAGUUCAAAUUAGCCUUAUGCUCAGUUCUCGCACAGAAAUGCAAAAAGUUAUCGAAGCAGCAAGAGCUCAGUCGUAUGCAGCAUUCAUGCAGAACCCGACUCCAGCAGUUCCAAUGCCUGCUGCCGUGCCGACAAUAAUUCCAGCGGCGAUACCUGAACUUAAAAAAGAAUCUAGCAAAGAUCGCGAUUCGAAAGAAAAACGUGACAGAAGAAGAUCGCGCUCCAGAUCUAAAGAUCGAAAAGAAAGGCGCGAUAGAAGAUACAGAGAUAGAAGCAGGUCUAGGUCUAGGGAAAGAAGAGAACGUCGCCGACGGGAUAGAAGUCGCAGCCGAGGUCGCUCUCGCUCAAGAGAUCGCGAUCGCAGAAACAGAGACCGUAAACGUUCGCCUGAUUACUCCCAAAAAGAUGUCAAAAAGCUACCAGAAGUAUGGGCGACUCAGAAUAACAAUGACAACGUUCCGGUUGCACCGCAACCGCCAAGUCUAUUUGGAACUUUUCCAGGAAAUUUGGAUGACGCUCGGCGGAAUUUGAAUGCUUUAAGCGUUCAAGCAACCGCUAACAGAAAUAAUUUUCCUAUCAACAAUUUUGGAAUGAACCGUUCACGAGAUAGUUGGCCUCCGCAGACAAAUAAUGACAAUGAUCAACAGAAUUUCCUUAAUAGAUCCGAUGAUAGUUUGUCAAACGAUGGUCGACCACCACGUCUUGGAGGUGCACCAGCUUUUCCUAGUCGACGUUUUCCACGCAACAAUAACUUUCAACGAAAUGAUAAUGACCAGCAAUUUUCGUCAUCAGAUCGUGAACCUCUUCCGAAUAGCUGUGUAAGACUGCAACCGUUUUAUGGAGGCUAUGGUGACAUACGGCGAUUUUUCCAAGGCUCCUUUAUUAGUAAUGUGGGUAUUAAAUUUAUCAAUGAUGAUUUUGGUCAUCGCACGGGUAUAGUGUAUAUACAGUUUGGACAUCCUCAAGGAAAAACAGACGCCUUACGCAAAAAUGGCGAAGUACUGAACGGUGUUAAAGUCGAAGUCGCGCAUAUCGGCGAUCAAGAAUUUGAUGACGCUGUUGAUAGAUAUCAGCCAGAUAAUUACCAAAAUAAUAGUGACGAAAGAAGUCACAAGUUUAGAAGCAAAAAUAUCACGAAGUAUUUCAAUAAACAGGCUGAACCAGAAAUAAAAGUUUUUUCGUGUUUAAUAGUAGAUGAUUUGCCCACCUACGUCAAAGAGCAAGAUAUUCUGAAACUUUUUUCCCCUAGACCAUUGUUGGCACUUUUCCUAACCCCUAAACCAAGGGGAGGUCAUAUAGCAUACGUCAAAUUUGGCUCGGCGGACGAAGCCAAGAAGGCUUUAGAAGAAAAAUCCAAUCACAUCGUUGAAGGCAAACAGGUUACUGUUAAACCUUGCGAAGAUAGAGAAUUCGAAAAUAUCAGUCAACAGCAUAACGUCGAUUUAGACUGUAAACCAAGUCCCGUCCCUUCAAUAGACACAGAUUGUCUGAAUUUACUGCACCUUCCUUUAAAUACAAAUAACGUCGAAAUUGCUGAUUUCUUUUCGGACAUCGGUGUACGACCUACUAAGAUUCAUCUAAUGAGCAAUCGUUUGGGUUUUACUGGCCAAGCAUUCUGUGAGUUCAAAAGCAAAGACGAAGCUGGGCAAGCUUUAAAGAAAGACAAUGCCAGUUUCGGUCCAAGUCAGGUAUCUGUGCAACCAUUUGCAAGAGAAGAAAUGGAACAUAUCAUUCAACAGUCUCAAACAAUGAAUUCAUCACACCCUCCCCAGCCAAGUAUUAUGCAACCAAGAGUGCCUACAAUGUCUCAAAACAGACCUUUCUUUCCAAGGAAUAAUUUCGACGGAGCACCCAGAGGAGGACCCAGAUUUAUGGGUCAUAGAGCACCAAGGCCCAGGUUUAUGAACGCAGUACCCAGUGAUGAUGCUCCCCCGGGCUGCACUGUAUAUAUGGACAAUGUACCCUAUAAAGCGGGAACAAAUGAAAUUUUAGAUUUUUUCGACGGGUACGACAUCACAAACAACGUGAGCAGAAGAUUUAAUCCGAACAAUACACCUAGCGCUGAAGCAAAAGUCGUUUUCAAUUCACCUGAAGAAGCUUAUCGGGCAGUACAAGAGAAAAAUGGACAAAAAAUUUGGGAACGUCCAAUAUAUUUAAAACAAGUAUAGCAUGACUUGUCCUCUUAUUUGUGGUUAAGUUUGUGAAUAUGGUUAAAUUAUUUCGAGUGAAUAAUGAGUGAAUGAAUGUUGGUUGUGAAACGAAACAUUGAAAAUGGACCCACAGUGCUAGGGUUUGUUUUUGUCAUAGUAUUAUAUCUUUGACUUUUCAGUCUUCAAGGAAUUCGUUAUAUUUUUUGGGGAAAUGUAUACUUCAGAGCAUAUUUAGAAUAAUUUUAUAAGUAUUUUUAAGCUUUUGUGUAUGUGUGCGGUGAUGCGAUUUUCAUUUCAAUCGUAUUUUUUUUACAUCAUCCACAUUUAUUGCACUUUGUAAAUACAAUAAAAUAUGCUGUGCAUAUAAACAUGUGUAA